ACAUGACUGUUCUGCGCAUGUGCAGAGUAGCAUGUGAGUUCAUGGAGGCAAAAGCGGCAGCUGGAAUAAUUAUGUCAAAUAUGUAAAGGUUGAUUAUCUGUGCGAUGGGUAACGCGAUUUGUCGUCUUUGAGCGUAAGGCUGUGGAUUAGAGAUAUAAGGAUGAAGGUGGCAGUAGAAGGCUGUUGUCAUGGAGAGCUGGAUAAGAUCUAUGAGAGCAUCAGUUACCUGGAGAGUAAAGAAGGUGUGAAGGUGGAUCUGCUGCUGUGCUGCGGAGACUUCCAGGCUGUCAGAAAUGAAGGCGACAUGAAGUGCAUGGCGGUGCCUGCCAAGUACAGACACAUGCAAACUUUCUACAAGUACUACUCUGGUGAGAAAAAGGCUCCUGUCCUGACGAUUUUCAUUGGCGGAAACCACGAGGCGUCAAACCAUCUGCAGGAGCUUCCGUAUGGAGGCUGGGUGGCCCCCAACAUCUAUUACCUGGGUUAUGCUGGCGUUGUUCGCUUUAAAGGUGUACGGAUUGGGGGUCUUUCGGGAAUAUUUAAAUCCCACGAUUACAAGAAAGGACACUUUGAGUUCCCACCAUACAGCCCAGAAUCUUUGCGCAGCGUGUACCACAUAAGGAACAUUGAUGUCUUCAAACUUAAACAGAUCAAGAUGCCCAUAGACAUCUUCAUGACGCACGAUUGGCCACGAGGCAUUUAUCACUAUGGGAACACAAACCAGCUUCUCCGACAGAAGAAGUUCCUCAGACAGGAAGUAGAGAGUGGUACCUUGGGCAGCCCUGCUGCUGCAGAGCUUCUAGACCACCUGCAGCCCACCUACUGGUUUUCAGCUCACCUGCACGUGAAGUUUGCUGCUCUGAUGCAGCACGAGGCUAAGAAUAAUGCUGCCCCAAAGAUCACCAAGUUUCUCUCACUUGACAAGUGUCUUCCACAUAGAGACUUUCUUCAGAUUGUGGAGGUAGCAGACCGACCGGGCUCCUCUGAACACCUUGAGUAUGAUCCAGAAUGGCUGGCCAUCUUGAAAGCGACAGACAGCCUUCAGAAACCAUCCUGCAAUUUCUGGAACCCCCCACAAGACAAUGGACUACAUACCCGGUGGGAUUUCAGUGCAUCAGAAGAAGCUAUGAUGGAGGUUGUGAGUGAUUUGAGCGGUGACCUUUGCAUCCCUGAAAAUUUCAGCCUGACGGUGCCCGCUUAUAACCCUGGCCGCCCUCAAUCCAAUGCCCACCCGGUCUACUCCACCAACCCACAAACCACAGAGCUGUGUGCCACCCUUGGUCUGACAGACAUCUACAUUCUGGCUGGGCAGAGUGGCCAGGCUUACGGAGAGGAGGGUGCCACAGGUGCGACUGAAGAAGAGGAGGACGAGGACAGCACAGGGAGCGUAGACGAACCCAGUGAGUACCCCACCGACACCUCCGGCCUCUCCAGCUCCUAUAAUCCUGAUGAAAUCACCAUUGAGGACGAAUGGGAGGAGGAAGAGGAUGAGGGAGUAGAAUGUGGCGAGGGGAAAGGGACAGAUGCAGUGGUUCCAGAAGGGCAGGUAGGGAGCCAGGACAGCGAUAGAGACAGCAGUCCCCAGCGAGAGAUGGCUAAUAGACUGAUCUUACCGCCCCCGUGUACCACACCAGAAUCGGAGCCUCCACUACGCUCCUUGCAGCCUCUUUCUCUUCCUCCUCCUUCAGCAUCCCUCUCUCAGGGCAGCUCAGAAGAGGAGGGGGGCCUCACACCAGCUAGGGUCCCCAAACGCACCAGCGGGGAGACGACACAGGUGUCAGCAAGUCACACAGGCGGCACACCUCAAAUCAAACGGAGAAACCAGAGUAUCUACACAGCAGUAGAAGAUGAAGAGAGUGAGGGCUAGAUAAAUGCAAUUAUAUUUUUUGAUCAGCAAAUUGCUACCAAGUAUGAUCUGCUGGAUAGUUUGAGUCGGAAGAGUUGAGUGGGUUACUAUACUGAUUUAAUCUGCUUGGUAACUAUUGUUUUUAAAGAACAGGAUUUUUUUUUUUAUGAGUGUGAGGAAUUAAAUAAAAACUAUUUUCAAAAAUGUCAAUUAUUUUGGCCAUUUUCAUGUGUAUAAAGUAACACCACAAACAUGAAUUUUUAUCUUGUAUUUGUCAUUUAUUUUCCUUAAAUGUGAUAAGUUUUAAUGAUCUGAUUCUUUCUAUUUUUUAGCCAAAUAUAUCACAUCACACUCAUUAGUUUUUGACUUUUUUUUUAGCUUUGUGGUGAUUGACUUGUCUUUACCAUUUUAUUGUAAAUACAUCAAGUCUAAAUAAUAUAUGAUCCUGAUGUCUUUUUUUUUUUUUAAUAUUUCAUCUUAGUCUUUCAUAAAAAGGCAAUAACUUGCUCCAUGCCUACAGCAACUUUCCUUUUGGCUAACCAGUGUCACUGAGAUGUUGGCAUCAUGCUGGUUCAUUUUGACAAAAAGCAAAUAUUUUUGCCAUUGUGGUUUGAAUAAUUGCGGAAAAUAAGCUCUGUGACACAAGUUUAUGAUACUUACACAUUCAUAAAGGUAAUCUUCAUUUGUGACCCUGGACCACAAAACCAGUCAUAAGUGUCAAUUUUUCGAAAUUGAGAUUUCUACAUGUAUCGUUUGUUAGGACAAUAUUUGGCUGAGAAAAUCUGGAAUCUGAGGGUGCAAAAAAAUCUAAAUAUUGAGAAAAUCACCUUUAAAGUUGUCCAGGUGAAGUUCUUAGCUAUGUAUAUUACUGAUCAAAAAUUAAGUUUUGAUCUAUUUAUGGUAGUAAAUUAACUAUCUUCAUGGAACAUGAUCUUUACUUAAUAUACUAAUGAUUUUUGGCAUAAAAUAAAAAUGGAUCAUUUUGACCCAUACAAUGUAUUUUUGGCUAUUGCUACAAACAUACCCCAGCGACUUAAGACUGGUUUUGUGGUCCAGGGUCACAUUUGUGAAAAAUGUUAUUCGUUUGUGAAGCAUAAAUGCAAUUCCUAGAAGUAAAAAGCUAAUGUUAGGCAAUAAAUGCACUUCAAAUUCAAUCUUUAUCUACAUAUAUUUGUGUUUGAAAGAGUGUGAGAGUAAAAAGGCUGUAAAAGUGGACUAGUAAGUUUUCUUGUUCAGCGUGAUGUUUAAUGUCCCUGACAACCUCUGUAGUCCCAUUUAGUAGUAACUACCCUUUUCAAGACAUUAAGAAAUCAUGUGUAGGAUAUUACUGAUGUAUUUUAUGUCAUAAAUAAUAAAAUGUGAAAAUAUA